AUGAGCACUGAUGAUUUAAAUAUUUUGCUUCGAUCAAAUGAUCAGAUAAACGAAAUUAUGAGGAAUAAGAAUAAGUUUGUUAUUACAAGGUUAAAUAAUUAACACUUGUAUAGUAUGAGGAAAAACUACUAAGAAAAAAAGAAAAAUCUUUUGCCAUAAUAAGAAUAAAAUUUUCAAAAUAAAUAGUAGAAUAUUAGCAACAACAAUCAAUUGUUAAAUGCUAGGAGUUUGUAAAUUUUGAAACCUUUGGACUUCAAUAAAAGCACUUAAAAUAGUAAAACUAAUAAAUAAACUAGUCAAAAAAAAGAUAAUGGCUAAAAAUAUGCAUUGGAGUUAGGUACUCCCUCUGCUCUCUAUACAAGCAAUUUAACAAUUUAAUAAAUGCUAGAAACUGCUGGGCAUGAUGUAAGCACCAAAAAUUAGUUAGUUAAUGUUGAAAAGAAUUUAUCAAACGCUUUAUAGAAAAGAACCUUCUAUAAUUGCAAUAGAGGAAUGGGUUUAUUUGAACCAAAGAUUAGUUAGUUUAAUCCAAGGACAGAGAUUCACAGAAUAAAGCUUAGGACAAAUGAUCCUUUAGCUCUUCUACUGCACUACACAGUAAACUAAUCAAUGAUAUCUGAUUAAAAUCAAAGAUAACCUGCAAAUAGCUAAUAGAUAAACAGUAGUCAAUAAACAAUUAAUUCAUAAUUAAAAAAGAAGCAAUUUUCAGAUAAGGAAUCAAUUAAAUUUUUAGAAGAAGUACUAAGACAAGGUUAUAUUUAGGGACUUAGUAGAGCAGUAUUUUAAAAUGAAACUAUUUUAUAAGAUGAAUAAAUAGAAAAAACUUUCUAGAUUGAGAAUGAAUUAUACAACUAAUAUUUAAAUUAAAAGAAAGAAAUAUAGCACCAACAAAAGUAAAAUUAUAAUUUAUUUCAAACAUAAACAAAUAUUUAACAAAUUAAUAGUGGCAUUCAACUUCCUAGAAUAAAUUAAAGCUAGCCAAACAUAAAUAAUACAUUCAAAAAGAAUAAAGAAGAUAGUAUUUUCUUAGGGCACGAAGAUGAAAGUUUUAUAUAAAAAAUAAAUCUUUAGAAAAAACCAAAAAAAAGAUCUUUCCAUUUAGAAGAUUAAAAGGACAGAUUGUGA